AUGGAGUGCAUUCCUUCACAGGGUACUGCCGGAUACAGUGGUUGUCUCAUAACAAUUUGGGAUAUCACUAGAUUGGAGCUGUUGGAUAAGAGACUGGGAAUUAAUUCAAUCUCAUGUCUCUUUAGAUUCAUAGGCACGGGUUUCAAGUUUAUACUAACGAAUGCGUACUCGCCUUGUGAUUUUAACAGGACAGAACUAUUCUGGAAUGACUUGAAGGAGAUUAGGAAUUGGUCUAAUGAAGCUUGGUGUUUUGUUGGUGAUGUUAACUCAGUUAGAAGUGAUGCUGAAAGGAAUAAACCUGGUGGUGAUUUAAGAAAUAUGAGUUUUCUAAAUAAUUUUAUUGCGGAGCAGGAGCUGAUCGACUUACCUUUGCAUGGGAGUUCUUACACCUGGAGUAACAAGCAUGAAGAUCCUCUUUUAUGCAGACUAGAUAGAGUUUUGAUUUGUACGUCUUUUGAUUCAAACAAGUCGAGCUUUAAGAUCGAAAAUCAUUGGUUGGAACACCCAGACUUUGUUAAGUUGGUGGAAGUUUGGUGGAAUUCUUUGGAGUUUGCAGGAACACCGAGUUUUGUUCUUUUUAGGAAGCCUCAAAACUUGAAAUACUUCAUUAAGAACUGGAGCAAGAUCACUUUUGGUUGUGUAAGAAAGAAGGAAGAUGAGUUAACAGGGAAAAUAAAAAUUCUGAAUGAUGCGGAGGAGAAUGUUGCGUUAUCUUCUGUUCAAAGGGAGGAAAAAGGAAUUUAUUAA